CGUCCAACAAUGUCAAUAUAAUCUGCUUUCGAUAUUUUCUUGGCGUUGUUAAAAUUAUGCAUAUCGAAUCGGAGUUAUAUUUUACAAAUUUAAGUAUCAAAAGAGUGGGAUAGUACCAGUGUUAAAAUGUUAGAAUCGACUGCAAAUGAAAUAAAAUCAUUUGCUGUGUUCGAUUUGGAAACAGCGAACCUGCCCUGUUAUAAUUAUAAUAAAGGAACCAUCACCGAGAUAAGCAUUUAUGGAUUUUCCGCCAAUGUAUUAUCGCAAUGUAAACAGAAUAAACCAACUAACAAUGAGAUACCCGCGAAUCCGCGUGUUUUGCAUAAAUUGACUUUGCUUAUCAAUCCUCAGUCUUUAAUAGCCCCCAAAGCUGAGAAACUUACAGGUCUAAAUAAUUAUAUGCUUGAAUAUGAACAACCAUUCAAUGAAGAUACAGCAAAGACCAUUUUGAGCUUUUUAGGGCGCUUGCAAAAACCAUUGUGUCUGGUAGCACAUAAUGGUAUAAAUUUCGAUUUUCCCAUAUUGAAUCAAAUGUUCGAAAGGAUAAAUAUGACUUUACCUAUUGGUACGCUUUGCUUAGACUCUUUAAUAGCUUUUUGGGUGAUCGACAUUAUGCGUGAAAGAAUUGCAAAGAAUGAAAUAAUACAAGCGAGAAUGGAAACAGAAAAGGAGGAAGACUUAACACCACUUCCACUAUUAGAUGAUAGUGUUAUAGACACUGGAGAGUGUAAUGAUGAGCUUAACGAAAGUACAAUUGUGUUGCAAGAAGCAUUCAAUAGCUACAAUGCCGACGAAAUGCGUACACGCAAUGAAACCACACCUAAUCGGCGAGCAGUUUCAAUGCAAGGCAAUUUCAAGAAGCGUAGACUUAGUUUUCAAGCUGAGGAUGAAGCAAACACCGUUGCGAAAUUGAGAAGUCCAGAAGUACGGCGUUCACUGUUUCGUAAAUUUCCUCCUUCUGGGAAAUACAAAUUAGGCUCAAUUUAUGAAAGAGUCUUUCAGCAAGCGCCAAUUAAUGCACAUCGAGCAGAAACUGAUGUAGAAAUGCUAACGAAAUUAAUGCUUUCCUAUGGUGAUGAGUUCUUACAAUAUGCACAAGAAAAUGCAACUGAAAUGCUAAAUAUUCCAAAACUAGGAAGUAACCUUAAAUUCUUUUACUAAUUGUGUAAUUGUGUAAUUGUGUAUUUUAACAUAUAUUAAUGUCCCAGUUUAUUUUAUAAUUAUUUGUUUUUUACAGUGUGCGUAAUUGUAAUUGUUCAUGUAGUAUCAGUGAAGUCUCAGUGUUUAUAUACAUAGUGCUUUUAUAUAAGCAAACAUUUUUUAAUGCAUAUUUUGAUGUCUAAUGGAAGAUUGUAUGGUUUUAAUUGUAAAAAUAUAU